UUGGUUUUUUCAACCAUAGGUAUAGCAUAAUAAUAUUGUGUAUAAUUAAAAAAAAAAGUUUAAACUGUAUGUUAACUGUAAAUUAAUGUAAUACUAGUGUAUUUGUAUAAAUAAAAUAUUCAACUGUGUAAAUAGUGAAUACGAAAAUUUGUCAUCAAAAAUUAUGGUUCACAGUGACUCAGCCGUUUCAAAUUAAGUUGUAUUGAAAAGAAAACGACAGAUCUAGCAUGCGGUUCAACAACAAAGAAAUGAUUCACGUUAGUCACUCAAAUCCUGCUCUUGAAGGCCGGAUGUCCUAUGCAAAAAUGUCCAACGGAUACGCUUCAAAAGUAUUACCUAUAUCAGCGGAUAUUGUCUCAUUAUUCAAAGGUUUCAAGGAAAGAUGGUUUCGACUCAAGUACAACUUAUUAUUUUACUUCAAAAUUAAUGGAUUUGGGCAAGUUGAUUUACAUCAACCAGCUGGUGUCUUUGUUUUGGAGAAUUCUAUUGUAAGACUUGAGAAUAAUAUGCCAGGAACAUUAUUUUCAUUUUCUCUUUCGUUUAAAGAUGAACCAGAUAAAAAGUAUAUUAUUUCUAGUCAGUCUGAGGAUCAUGUUCAUCAGUGGAUCAAAUGUAUUCAAAGCUCAACGUACGAAUAUAUGAGAACCCGAAUGACGUCGAUACAAAAAAAAAUCGUGGAGCUUACUGGAAGAGAUCCGCUGUUGAUGUAUCCAGAGGAAGGGAAGAAAAUUGGCCGGACGAAAAGAUCGGUGGCGGAUGAAGACGAUAGCGAUUUAUUUUUCAACCCACCGACGGAUCCACUCCCGCCACCCAGGCACAAACACGACGCCAGCAAAACGGCCGUCUCGAAUCUAAUCGAACUGUAAAUAAACCGCGUCUGUAAGUAGGUAUGUUAUGCGCGUAUGCAGAGAAGGGGUUGUUUGUUGUUCACCAUCACGCCGAACGAUACUAGCUGGCGACGCGCAUGCAUCGAUGUACCUUAUAUUUAUUUUGUAAUAUGCGCACCGGUAGCUAGUCGUGAUUUCGCGUUUUCAAAUUCGAUUACUUUACCUAUACAGUGGUACACGCCUUACCGUAAAAAUAUUAUUACUAUAACUAUAUGUACACGGUAUACCGCUGCUAUUGGACUCCGUUACCGUUUAUUAUCAUACACAUCGGCGGGGUGGUUCGAAAUUUACAACUGAAACGUAUUCACUUCUGGAAAACAUUUUUCCGGUUAUACGCUGCGUCCCGAAUAAAUUCCUAUAUAAUUCGCUAUUAUAUUAAAUUCGUGCAACAUAUGGUUUCCAUCAUUUUGUAUAGGUAGAUAAAUCGUAAAUCGUAAAUGUAUAUUAUAUAAUAUACAUGAUAUACAUGUUUAAAUAACUCGAUUAUCAAAUAAUAUUUUAAUGCACCGUUUAUUGUAUGUAUUAAGUAGUGAUGUCGUGUGUGCACGAGAGUAUAUAAUAUUCUUUGGACUUAUAUUAUAUUGCUAUUGUUAUUGAUUUUUCGAUGUAUUAUUAUUAUUAUUUUUUGUAAGUUUGGAGAAGUUAUUAUUUUCUUUUGUAAAAGUAUAUUACCUGCCUCUUACCUACCCAUAUAUAUUAUAUAAGUAUACACUUGCUACGUUGCAAUUUAUUUAUCAGAUACGACCAACAAACUGAAAACUCAGCAAUUGUGUUAAUAUAAUAAAUAUUUUUGUACGAUUA